AUGGAUGGCGACAGCCGCAAGCAGAAUGAACGACUGAUGGCAAGAUCCGGAAAUUCCAGGGCCAGGGGCCGUGCAGCCGACUCGUUCGAGUCUUCCAACAUACAUCCACGUGGAGACCCAACAGGGCUGUCGCAGGCGCCAGGCCGCGGGCCGAUGUCCUACGACUACGAAUACACAGGCACUUCCUUCGCCGGCGGCUCACUGCAGAGCAGCAACGACAUGGCAUCCUAUCCACCCGAGUACGAACGGCCGCGCCAACAUCAAGCGACGCCAUCUACGAGCGGCCAGCAGCGCCGACGACCGCAAGAGGUGCCGCCGUUCGUGCAAUACGAGUCCGCCAUGCUGUACGGAUUUGGUCAGCAGGGUCCAGCCCCAGGACCCUUUGAAGUUGUUCCACAGUACCCGCCACGGCACUCUGCAGCGAUUGAGGCCCUGUCGAACCAGUUUGCCGUUCCACAAUAUUUCGCCCCCGAGGAACCCUCGCAGACGGGGGUCCCAGUCGGGCUCUCGCCUUAUCUCAACGCGCAGAUGCCAUAUAAUCAACCUGGUCCCAUGGCACGUCCGAGUACUAUGCAACCCUUCCCCGCCAACAUGACCGAUUUCACCCCAAUUGGCCCGACUAGCCGAUUAGAUCCUCCGCAGCAUCAGCAUCAGCAGCAGCCAGAAGGCUCCUCCGAGCCCCAGCAGGCCGUGGCCGUGGACGACUCUUCCAACCUCGACGAAGCGUAUGCUCAGUACCGGCGAGCACUGCGCAGCACCUUUGACGACACGCGCGCCGGACGAUUGGUGGAAGCCAGCCGAUCGCUGCUGGAAAUUUCCGAGUGGCUUGUGGCUAACGCUCGGGAUUUGGGAAUUCUGCGCGAUGAUCAUAUUCUCUAUCAUGAUCGAUUACAACUCUGGAACGACUUUAACCUUUGUUGGUUAGCCGUGUGUCAAAAGCAGAAGGAUCUGUUCCAGGACCUGGUCACGACGGGCCAUUCACCAGCGCAUACGAGUCUCAUCGGUCGAGAUCAGUUGGAAGCCAUGGGCAAGGAUCUGAUCCACCUUUGCGAUCAGUUAGAGCAGCAUGGGCUGGUCGAUUAUCAAUUGGGUAUUUGGGAAGAAGAGAUCCUAUGUGUCCUGGGCCAAUGUCUAGAUGUGAUAGAUAGUCGACCCGAACUCCUACGCGUCCAUGCGCUACCCGAGCCCACGGCCGCGGCGCCCAGACCCUGA